AUGCGUCUGCCGACUCUUUCCUCCCUCCUGUGCCUUGCUGGCCUGAUCUCUGUGCCUGUCAACGCCUACGAUGAUCCCAAUAUCAAAAGCAUUCCCCUCCGAACGCACAGUCUCACUUCGCCCUACCUUGACUCGGAUUUCCAAAGCCGCUGGUUCGACUUCGGAGGAGAUACUAUCAUUCGGGCUGACAAAUACAUCCGUCUCACAGCCGACCGCCCCUCGCAGCAAGGAUGGAUCUUCUCCCGCGUGCCUUUAACAGCGACCAACUGGCAGAUCGAACUGGAAUUCGAGAUUCACGGCAAUGGCAACCUGCAUGGUGAUGGUUUCGCGCUCUGGCUCACCAAGCAGCGCGCCACGCAGGGCCCUGUCUUCGGCUCAACUGAUCGAUUCGAGGGUCUCGGCAUCUUCUUCGAUACCUACAAAAACAACCGUCCUGGUGUCUCAUUCCCCUAUGUCAUGGCCAUGAUGGGCGACGGGCAGACCACCUACGACCAGGCGCACGACGGCAAGGCCAACGAGCUCGCUGGAUGCUCUGCUCGUGGUCUCCGCAACGCCCCCGUUCCUACCAAAGCCCGUCUCACCUACUUCCAAGACAAGUCCUUCUCCCUGGAGCUUCAGUACAAGACCGAGGAUACCUGGGUCGAGUGCUUCAACCUUAACGCCGAGGACCACAACAUUGCCAUCCCUUCGGUUGCUUACCUGGGUCUCUCCGCUGAGACUGGUGAAUUGAGCGACAACCACGACAUCAUCUCUCUCAAGGCCGAGAACCUAUACUCCGUUGGCCGCAACAACGCCGGUGGCAGCCGUGGCUCGGACAAUGGACGUGGUAAAGGCCGCAGUGGCAGCGUUCGACCCAAGAAGGAGAAGAGCGGUAGCUGGAGCUGGUUCCUGUUCAAGAUUGUUCUGUUCUUCGGUGCCAUUGUCGGUGGUUACUUUGGAUGGACUAUCUACCGGACCAAAGCUCGCUCUUCACGCUUCUGA